AUGCCGUCCUGCCUGCCUGGCAUCGCCGGCGAAGAGGAGCUGAAAAGACUACAAGAAGAAGUUCUUGAAGGCCUCGUGGCAGAUUCCGAGGACGACGUCGACGCUCAGGGCGAAGACGAAGUCCCCGAGGUCGCGGAAGGCGAGGAAGGUGAAGAGCCGCCGAUCCGAGAUGAAUUGGCGCAAGGCCUUGCAGCGAUCGAGGACCUCAUCGCCGGGCGGGCCGCCCCCGUGCAGGCCCCAAGCCGGCCAGCUACAGGAGGCCCGUCCAUCUUGUCGGAGCCUGCCGUCCUUGUGGCUUCAGGCGAGGAUGCAGUCGAAGACGUUCGCCACCUCGUCUUCCGCUAUCAGCGGCUCCGAAGCCUGGACUUGCCAGGCACCGUGGACUUCGUGCGCCUGUCGGGCCUGGAGGUCCUCUCCCUCUCCCACAACGAGCUCCGAGAUCUUGAGCCCCUCCGGCCCCUGGUGGCUCUCCGCGAGGUAAACCUCAACUUCAACCAAGUGGAGGAUCUGAGCCCCUUGUUCGAGUGCGAGCAGCUGACGAAGGCUUUCGUGGCGCACAAUCGCCUACGAAGCAUCGCAGGCCUGGAAUGCGGAUGUGGCCGCUUGGAGGAGCUCUCACUGCUUGGAAACCAGCUCGCCACCGAUACUUCGCAGGAGAUUCUUGCCACGCUGGCUGCUCUACCGCAUCUCCGCGCCUUAGAUGUGGCCGAGAACGAGGCCUUUCGUCUGCCCAUGGAGCGUCAGCAGCUUGUUGAGGCUUUGAGACCCAGAACAUCACUGGCCAUGCUCGAUGGCGAGCCCCUGGACGCGGGGAGUUUGGCAGGCAAGACGCCUCCCACUUCCGCGCCCCAAAGCGAGGGCUACAAGCCAGACUCUCGAGGCGGGACAUCACCCUCUGCCAGUCCACCUGGCACAGGCUCCGGCUCGCCGGAUGCCAGCCCUCGAGCUCGACCCGGAACGGCCCCCACGGCAGCCCCGGGCCGGGUGCGGCCCCCCUUGCCACCCAAGGGGGCCCCGGCAGGAGGUGGCUAUCCCGCACCCUCUGCGCUGCCUCCUUUGGGAGGCAGCCUCCGGUCAAGCCGCAGCACCAAAUUCGACGAGGUCUUAACCGGAUCGUCCGAGGCUGGGGAACCAGCUGGCAGCCCGCGACAGAUGAUGCAGGUGCUGGUGGUUCAUGCAGAAGCUCUCAAGCGACGACUGGAGACGCAACAGGCAGAGCGCGACAAUCUGCGAUUUCAGCUGCGUCUUCUCCAGCGCGACAAGUCUGAGCGGCAGCCUUCGUGGCUGGAGCAGCAGGUAGCGAACCUGGAGGCAGAAAAUCGAAACAGCGCAGCCGUCCAAGACGAGUCUGAUCGCCUCGCACGGCGGCUCAAGGCUGUGGAUGCGGCUUUGGCCGAACUUGAUGCCGAGCCAUCUAAGGUGAAAGCUGCUGCUGAAGAAGCGCAGGUGCUCGAGGACGAAGACGACAUUAACCUGGCUCGAUGGGAGUGUCGCAACGUGGAGCGGCGGCUGGAGCAGGCCCGCAGCUACAACCGAGCGUUGAUGGAGGAUCUGUGCAGGAAGAGGAACAGAGACGAACCGCUGGAAGAGGCAUCGGCGGAGGAGGAUCCUGAGAUGGCAGACAUGGUAUCUCAGAACACGCAGACGCUGAGGAGGCUCCGCGAGGAGGUGGCGACGGCGAGCCGAGCUUCUGCGCCACAGCCACCUGCUGAGCCGCGGCCCAACGCCAGAGGCCGUGCUAGUCGUGGCGGCGCCUCUGUGGAUGUGCUGACCAUUGGUGUGGGUCCGGGAGGAGAAGAUGUCGAAUGGCACAAAGAUGCUUCGACGAGCAGACAGUGA